AUUCGCAACCACGAGACAACCGCGAUUACCAUAAGACCGAUCUUCUUAUCAGCGAUUUCGAGACUACCCAAUUAAUUACUCUAAUUAUUACGCUCGUUGAUUUAUUAGAUUUCAUUGUCUAGCCGCCCUUCGUAAACGUCGUGCUAUUCAACCCGCACCUUGAUACCCCGGAAACGCGGUCAGCCCCCAUAAACGAGCAAGAGCCUGCCUCGCAUCCGCAUUUGGCUUUCAACCUUUCCUUCAUUUGCUUGUACUCGCACUCGCGCAAACCUAGGGUGGUGCUGAGGGCCGCCCAAAGAGCUCACUCGCCAUGCUUCUUCCCAAAGGUGGCAUCACUUGGAAGUCUGCCAGGGCACAGCUUCCACGCACCAGAGCGAUCUGGAUCUUCUUAACAAGAACCCGUGUGCUACUUUCGAUUGCCGUCGCUGGUAUCAUCUUAUUAUUAUGGCGUGGUAUCAGAACUUCGGCAAGCGAGAUGCAAAGCUUUUAUUGCUGGGGUCCCUCGAAACCUCCGAUGGAUAUGACGCUUAACGAGCAACAGGCCUGGAACGCUCACCUGCAGACCCCCGUUAUAUUUAACCAUCACGCCCCGAUAACCAUCAACGAAUCCUCGAUAUCGCAUGUUAAUCUCAACGGGAUCAAAUCUACACGCCAAGCUAUUGAUAAUAACGAACGAGUACUCUUACUUACGCCCCUCAAGGAUGCUGCGCCGUACCUUUCGAAAUACUUCGAGCUUAUUGCUGAGCUGACGUAUCCUCAUCGCCUCAUCGACCUCGCGUUCCUUGUUGGGGACUCGACUGAUGACACUCUAGGUGUGUUGGGGAUGGAGCUUGAUCGCAUCCAGAAGCGUCCGGAUAAUAUCCCGUUCAACAGUGUCACGGUCGUCGAAAAGAGUUUUGGAAGUCAUCUCAGUCAGUCCGUUGAGGAUCGUCAUAGUUUCGAGGCUCAGGGUCCGCGACGAAAGGCCAUGGGGCGCGCUAGAAAUUAUUUACUAUCCGCUGCGCUGAAGCCAGACCAUUCUUGGGUGUACUGGCGCGAUGUUGACAUCGUAGAUAGCCCCAAAAGCAUUCUCGAAGACUUCAUCGCUCAUGAUCGAGAUAUUCUAGUUCCCAAUAUCUGGUUCCACCGUUACGAAGGCACGGGCGACAACAAAUAUGAUAUUGAAGGCAGAUUCGACUAUAACUCUUGGAUCGAGUCUGAGAAGGCCCUGAAACUAGCAUCUAAACUUGACAAGAAUGUAAUUCUGGCUGAAGGCUACAAGCAAUACGACACCGGCAGAACCUAUAUGGCGCGGAUGGGCGAUUGGCGAAACGACCCGAAUGAGGAAAUCGAACUGGACGGUAUCGGCGGCGUUAACAUCCUAGUGAAGGCGGAUGUUCACCGAUCAGGCAUCAAUUUCCCAUGCUACGCCUUUGAGAAUCAAGCCGAGACAGAGGGCUUCGCGAAGAUGGCCAAAAGAGCAGGCUACGAAGUCAUCGGCUUGCCCAAUUAUGUCGUCUGGCACAUUGACACAGAAGAGAAGCCGGGGAACGCAUAGAUUAGCGGUAUCCAGCUUUUUUGAAGAUGAAACAUUCUAGAAUAAUUUUUCUUUUCUCUGGCAUAGUCGCAUUCCUUCAGUGUACCAAAUUUGGGUCCGCCAGUCUCGGGCACUCCAUGUCCAGGCGAGACAGGGAACGUAAUACUUGUACGAGCAACUCACGAAAUACGCAUACGCUAAACCAUGGCAUCAAAUUACCAGCACGGUCAGA